GCUGUCAGGCACAUUUCCUAGUAUAGAACCAAUAGUAUUGCAUGCAGAAGGUCACAUGUUGGUCUGCUCUGCGGUUUGUGUCUUAGUUGAACAGAGGCAGCAGUGGAAGGUGCACUAUGGGCCGCCUCGAUGGGAAAGUGAUUGUGCUGUCAGCUGCCGCGCAGGGGAUUGGACGUGCUGCAGCAAUAGCAUUUGCAAAGGAGGGCGCUCUAGUCACAGCAACAGACAUCAAUGGAGAGAAGCUGAAAGAGCUGGACAGCAUUCCAGGGAUAAAGACCAAGAUUGUGGAUGUAACUAAGAAAGACCAAGUCGAAGCCCUGGCCAAGGAGCAUGACCAUGUAGAUGUGCUGUUCAAUGUUGCUGGGUUUGUGCACCACGGCUCCAUCUUGGACUGCGAAGAGGCUGACUGGGACUUCACCAUGAACGUGAACGUCCGGAGCAUGUACCUCAUGAGCAAGGCUUUCCUACCUAAGAUGUUGGCAAAGAAGUCAGGAAACAUUAUUAACAUGGCAUCUGUUGCAUCAAGCAUAAAAGGUGUUGUGAACCGGUGUGUCUAUAGUACUUCCAAGGCUGCAGCCAUUGGCCUUACCAAAUCUAUAGCAGCUGAUUUCAUUGAUCAAGGCAUUCGCUGUAAUUGUGUUUGUCCUGGUACUGUUGAUACUCCAUCACUAAGGGGUAGGAUCCAGGCCCAACCUGACCCAGAACAGGCUUAUAAGGAUUUCAUGGCAAGACAGAAAACUGGCAGAAUGUGCACAGCUGAAGAGGUAGCAUACCUGUGUGUGUACCUGGCCUCAGAUGAGUCUGCCUAUGUGACUGGGACAGAGCAAAUCAUCGAUGGAGGAUGGAGUCUCUGAGAAAACGGAUCAUUAUGACCAAGCCCAAAGAAAUUGCACUUGCUUAUUCUUUUGAUUUAUGUGUUAUUGUUUACUGAUUUUGUGGGAGACAUUGCCCAUUUUCUAUUUGAAUCCAUGCUGCAAAUGUGUGCAAUGUCAAAAUAUUAAUAUGUUGACUGUAAUAAAUGGACUUAAUCACAGCUA